AUGGUGGACCCUCUAGGGUUGAUCGGCGUGGUCGGGGUCGCAAUCCAGAUCAUCCAGCUGGCCGCGCAGCUGGGCCUCGACUGGAAGCAUGCGCCCGCUGACGCCAGCAGCUUCAUGCUCGAGCUGCAGAGCCUGAAGACCGUCUUGUCCGAGACCAACAUGAACGGGCGCCACUCGGCGCUCCUUUCCCAGCUCGACCCCCUCCACGACACGGACACAAAGGCUAUGGUGUCCGCCUGCAAGUGCGAGCUGGAGAGCCUGCUUGAGGAUCUAAAGAAGCGGGCGCAGGGCCACAGCCUCGGGUGGGAGCGGCUGAAGGGCGCUUUCCAAGCCGAAGCGCGCCGCGUGCUCGACUGGCUCACCCCGGCCGACUACGGCCCGCACCACAGCGAUAUUUUCCGGCGCCGCCAGCCCGGGACUGGGCUGUGGUUGUUGGAGUCGGACAAGUUCCAGACUUGGGUGGACGGCGAGAAGCAGAUGCUGUUCUGUCCGGGCGUCCCUGGGGCUGGGAAGACGAUGCUUGCAUCCAUCGUAAUCGACCACCUCCAAAGCCGGUUCCACGACCGGCCCGGCGCUGGCAUCGCUUUUGUCUACUGCAACUUCCGCCGUCAGGACGAGCAGACGGCCGAGCACCUCAUUGCGAGUCUGCUGAAGCAGUUGGCCUGUAGGCUUUCCUCCCUCCCAGGGGCCGUGAAGGCACUCUACGACCGGCACGCUGCCCGUGGGCUACGUCCCUCGCUGGGUGCCCUCGCCGAGGCUCUGCGAUGCGUGGCCGCAAUGUAUGAGGAGAAGGUUUUCAUUGUUGUCGAUGCUCUUGACGAGUGCAAGGCCACCGACGGUACUCGGGAAAACCUCAUGAGGAUGUUGCUCAGUCUUCAGUCCGCGGAUUCACUGAAGGUCAAUUUACUGACGACCUCGAGGUCGAUCUCGGACGUUGAGCGGCAACACGCCAGCGUCCCUCGCCUCGAGGUCCGGGCGACGAAGGGUGACAUCCAGCAGUACGUUCAAGGGCACAUGAGUGAACUCAAGCCGUUCGUUGCGCGGCGCCAGGACCUUCAGAAGGAGAUUGUUACUGGCAUCUCGGAUGCGGUUGACGGCAUCUUCCUACUUGCCAUCCUGUUCUUCCAGUCAUUCAGGGACAAGACCUCGCCCAAAGCCAUCAAGAACUCCCUGGAAAAAUUGCGUAAGCAAAGCAUUACAUCCGAUGACAAUCAGAAACUUGCGGUCCUGAGAGCCGCGUAUGAUGAAGCAAUGGCGAGAAUCAAUGGGCAGAUGCCCGGCGAUCGCGACCUCGCCCUGAAGGUCCUCUCAUGGAUCACCUGCGCCAGGUGGCCGCUGCGAGCGCUGGAACUUCGUCACGCUCUUGCCGUGGAGCUCGGAGAGGAAGAACUUGACGAGGAGAACCUGCCGGAAACCGAGGACAUGGUCUCGGUCUGUGCUGGGCUUGUCACCAUCGACCACGAGAGCGGCAUCAUCCGGCUGGUUCACUACACCACGCAGGAGUACUUCAAUCAAACGCGCUCCCAAUGGUUUCCGGAUGCCGAGUCCGACAUUACCAAGACCUGCGCUACUUAUCUGUCGUUCACAACCUUUGGGAGCGGCCCUUGCCGGACGGACAACGGGUUUCACGAUCGCGUUCGGUUCAAUCCCCUCUACGCCUACGCGACCCACAACUGGGCAUACCAUGCCCAUAACGCGCAGGAGGACUGCAAGGAGGUCAUCGAUUUCUUGCGCAUGGACGCGCAAGUCCAGGCAGCGUACCAAGCACUCCUGUGUUACGGGCUGUCCUCCCGUGUUCCAGGAAACGAAGGCAUCAAAUGGAGCGCAGCCAUUUUGGCACCGCCGGAAGCAUUCGCGGGGCUGCACCUGGCGGCAUAUUCCGGGCUGGACAAAGCUCUCGGCAAGCUACUAUUAUUCGAAAGCAUGGACCCCGACCGAUCAGACGGCCUGGGUCGCACGCCGCUCAGUUAUGCGGCCUGGCAGGGGCACACCGCUGACCGGAAGGGUCGCACACCGCUCAUGCAUGCGGCUAAGAAAGGGCACGUAACUACAGUGAAGGCUCUCCUAACCAUAAGCAGAGUCGAUAUUGACGCGAAAGAGCUACGGGGCCGCACGGCUUUGAGCAGAGCGGCCGCGCGAGGACACACGGGCGUGGUGGAGUUGCUUUUGGAUACCGGUCAAGUGGAUGUGAAUGCGGCCGGAACUUUCAAAUAUGACGACCACGAGGAAGCCUUAACCCCAUACAUGGUUGCGGUCAAGAAUGGGCACACGGCCACUGCGGAAGUCCUCUUCAAACAUGGCGGACGGGCAAUUGAAGGAGGAACAGGAGAGAUGGUCGACUGCGAGAUCCCCAGCUACAGCCAGGAAUGA